UGCGUCGGAGUACGUGGUUGGCCAGGCUGCUGUGGGCGGUAGGCGGACGUGUGGAACCGACAAAGAUGGCGGUGCAGGUGUUGCAAGCUGUUCAAGCGGUUCAUCUUGAGUCUGACGCUUUCCUAGUUUGUCUCAACCAUGCUCUGAGCACUGAAAAGGAGGAAGUGAUGGGUCUAUGUAUAGGGGAGUUGAAUGAUGACAUAAGGAAUGACUCCAAAUUUACAUACACUGGAACUGAAAUGCGCACAGUUGCAGAAAAGAUGGAUACCAUCAGAAUUGUUCACAUCCAUUCUGUCAUCAUCUUGCGACGUUCUGAUAAGAGAAAGGACCGUGUAGAAAUUUCUCCAGAGCAGUUGUCUGCAGCCUCAACAGAGGCAGAAAGGUUGGCUGAACUAACAGGCCGUCCGAUGAGAGUUGUUGGCUGGUAUCAUUCCCAUCCUCAUAUAACCGUUUGGCCAUCCCAUGUUGAUGUUCGUACACAAGCCAUGUACCAAAUGAUGGAUCAAGGCUUUGUAGGACUUAUUUUUUCCUGUUUCAUAGAAGACAAAAACACAAAGACUGGUCGGGUACUCUACACUUGCUUCCAAUCCAUACAAGCCCAAAAAAGCUCAGAGUAUGAAAGAAUUGAAAUCCCAAUCCAUAUUGUACCUCAUAUCACUAUUGGGAAGGUAUGCCUUGAAUCAGCAGUAGAGCUGCCAAAGAUCCUGUGUCAGGAAGAACAGGAUGCAUAUAGAAGGAUUCACAGCCUUACACAUCUGGACUCAGUAACCAAGAUCCAUAAUGGCUCGGUGUUUACCAAGAAUUUGUGCAGCCAGAUGUCAGCAGUCAGUGGGCCUCUACUACAGUGGUUGGAGGACAGAUUGGAGCAAAACCAGCAGCAUUUGCAGGAGUUGCAACAAGAAAAGGAAGAGCUUAUGGAGGAGCUGUCUUCCCUAGAAUAAAGCAAGAGGACAAAAGUGUGGGCAGCUGAAAAUACCGGGUAUACAAUUUAUUAAACUAAAUCAAUUUUGAAAAAUAUAAAGUUGGAGGACCCACAUUUUAUAACUUCAAGACUUAAAUAACUUCAAGACUUACUAUGAAGCUGCAGUAAUCAAGAUACUAUGAUAUUUGCAGAAGAACAGAUGUAUAAAUCAAUGGAACAGGAAAUAAAAUUCAGAAAUAAACACACAAUAACAUGCUUAACUAAUUUUGAAAAAGUACAAAGUGAUCAAGAAGAAAGGGCAGUCAUUUCAACAAAUUGAAUUUCCACAAGCCAACAAAAUACAUUCUAAAAGUACCUCAAAAUGUGUCAUGUAUUUAAAUGUAAGGUGGAAAACGUUAAGAAAAAUCAUUCAAGAAAAAUUUUCAGGAGUCAGGUACUUAAUCUUCAACUCAAAAGCACAGUCUACAAGAAAAAAGUAAAUAUUUAGACUUCAUCAAAAUUAAAACUUUUUAUUCUGCAAAGUAUUAAGAAGAGGAAAGGCAAGAAAUUACUUCCAACCCAUGUAAUAUCUGAUCAAUGGAAAAGAUAUGCUCAAAACUCAAAAAUAAACAAUUCCAUUAGAAAAUAAAAGAAGACAUAAACAUUGUCACUAAAGAGGACAAAUAGAAGUAAUUAUGUGAAAAUAUAUUAACCCUCAUAAGUCACUGGGAAGUGCAAAUUAAAACUACAGUGUGGUAUGGUAUAUACUUAUCAGAAUUGCUAAAGAGAAAAUAGUAAAAAUGCCAAAUACUGUUGAGGAUGUAGACUAGAUUUGUCACACAAUGACAGGAUUGUAAAAUACAGCUACUGGGUAGAAGAGUUUGGAAAUUUUUAUAAAGUUAAGCAUAUACUUAACAUGACCCAGCAGUCACACUGUUUUUGCACAAAAACUUUUACAAAAUUUUUCUUGGCAGCUUUAUCUGUGGUAACUGCAAAUUAGAAACAACCCAAAUGUUCUGUAGUGGGUAGAUGGCUAAAUAAGCCAUUCUUACCAUGGAAUACUACUCUGUAGUGGAAAGGAACACAUUGCUAAUAUCUGUAUAAUUUAGAUGAGCCUUGGGGCAUAUAGUAAAUGAAAGAAAAGCAAGUCUUAAAAGGUCACUUACUGCCAGGCAGUGAUGGCAUACACCUUUAAUCCCAGCACAAGAGGCAGAGGCAGGCGGAUCUGAGUUUGAGGCCAGCCUGGGCUACAGAGUGAGUUCUAGAAAAGGCUCCAAAGCUACACAAAGAAACCCUGUCUCAACACACCCCCCCUCAAAAAAAAAAAAGGUCACUUACUGUAUGGUUGUAUUUCUAUAGCAUUGUUGAAAUGUUAGAAUUAAUGAAAAGGAAGAACAGAUUUCCAGAGUCAGGGACUGGACAUUGUAUAGCAUAUGGAGUAUUAUUGGAGUGUGACAUAAGAGUUCAUUUAGGCUGAUGAAACAGUUUUAUAUCUUAAAUUUAGUGUUUAGUACACAAAUCUGUUCCUGUGCUAGCAUUUUAUAGAUUUAUAUAUAGAAAAAUCAAUGCAUGUAAAAUCUAGUAGAAGUGAAUAAAGUCUGUAGCCUACUUAGCAGUAUUAUACCAUUACCAUAAUAUUGGUUUUGAAGUUCUACAGUUGAAGAUCUUACUAGGACAAACCAUUCCUCCUAAAGUCACCAAUAACUUCCACAUAGUCAAACUUACAUUCUUUUUUUGAAAAUUGCCAUUAAUAAAUCUCUGGCUUGACACAGUUAGUCAUUUUUCCAAAUAUACCACUUUGUUAUCAUUUAUUUUAUUAUUUCCUAUCUGUUCCUUCUAAAACUCAUUCAUAAGCUUCUCCAUGCAGUUACAAACAAAUCCAUUUCUCUCUCUACAUCUCUGAACUCCAGACUUAGAUUUCUAACUGCCCAUUAUAUAUAUCCACUAGGCAGUCUUAUUACCACAUUGAAUUUGAUAAAUCUAAAUUUUAACAUGUUUCUGGCCCAACCUAUAUUCUUUUAUAUUUCUUACCUUAGUGAAGGGAAGCAUACAUGUGCCCAAAUUGGAAUUCAAACAGGCAACCUCAACAUUUUUGUCACCUUUUAAACUGUUUGCACUGUUACAGAAUUAUAGCAAUUUGGAUUUUUUAAAAUAAUUAAUUAGAGUUGGAAUGUAUAGAAUAGGUAUGUGUGAGGAGAAAUGGGCAGAUGGGGUAUCAUGGUGCCUAGUGUCUGGAGUUACUUUAUGAAGGCAUAAGAGUUCUUAGCCUUGUAGCAACAGGGCAAGAACAAGAUUUAGUGAAAGUUGUCCUGUGUCAGUACCCUCACAGUGAAGCAGAGACAAUGAUCCCUUGCAUUAAAUAAAACGAUUGAGCAAAUAAGUAAAGGCAUUGAGGAAUAUUGGAGCUAGUUUUUUCAUGCUUGAGACUUCUUUACAGAUAUGUAAAAAGGAAAGAUAAAAUUACCCCCCAUGAUGUUAAAUGGAAAUAGAAAGUUAACAUGAUUGUUUUAAAAGGGAAUUAUGUGUAUCGAUUAAGAGAAUGAUCAUUUUAUUUGUAUACCUCCAGUUCUUACCUCUGCCCAUUAAGAGGGAAUAGAAAUGGUACUUCAGUAGCUAAUGAGCACACCUGCUACCAAGAUGCUAGACUUCAAAUACUGUUCUCCACUAACAGUGAAUCGAAUUGACUCCAGAAAUGAAUGCAUAUGUAUAUGAUAAACUGAUUUUUUAACAAAAGUACUAAGAUAGUUGAAUGGGGGAAACCAUAGUCCUUUCAACAGCUGGUGACUUGUCAACUAAAUAUCUGCACAGAAUAAUGAAGGUGAACCCCUACCCCAUAUCAUGUAUGAGUGUUAAUUAAAAUGUAUUAAAGAUUUAAAUGUAAAAAUUUGUGACUAUUAAAAUAUUAGAACAUCUUUAUUACUUUGGUUUUAGCAAUGGCAUUUUAGAAAAAAAACACAAAAAGAUAGUUGUUAGACCUGAUAAAAAUUUAGAAAUGUACAUCAAAAACAUUAAAAAAAUGAAAACUCGGAAAAUAGGCCAAAACAUUUAUAAACAACAUAUCUAAGAAUCUAGUGUCCAGAAUAUAUAAAGAGCUCAGACAACAACUGCAAAAAAGCAACCCAAUUCAAAAGUGGACAAAUACCACUUGAUACUUACAUAGAAUAAAAGUGUAUAACGAGUCUUCUGGAAAAAUAACAGAAUAGUAGCUGUGUGACCUAAUGAAGAUGAGUGAGAAUAAAAUAAAAUAACUAUUUCAACAAGAGGAACGGCUUUAGAAAUCCACAAAGUUAGCAAUCUUAAAAAUUGGAAAGGAGAUGGGUGUUGCACUGGAAAGAAGCCAAGCUGAAUGCAGCUCCACCUCAUUACUCUGACAGGGGGAAGAGAAGCAGAAGCCUCCUUCAACAGGUAAUCUAGGUCACAUUGAGGAAAAUAGAUGGGUAGUUCUCCCUUCAGAACACUCCUAUAUAGCCCUUGCAAACCUCAAAUACUGUUGUAGGUUUGGUGAGACAGUGAUUCCUCUGUUGGAUGGGUCAGCAGUAGAGAGGAAAGCUAUUUUGCCACUUGGUAAGACUUCAGAGCAGUAGCCUAGUGCUAUCUUAAGAAAACUUAAAAACUGAGCUACCCUGUGGGCAAGAGAACAGGAAGCAACCACAAACCAGGGAUCCUAAAUUUAACAUGCCUCAGCUCCAGAGAGAGAGACAGCUUUUGGAGGCAGUUGCAUGGAGUGGAAUGUCUGGAUACUAACAAGUCAAAAAGGACAAGAAGCUCUCAUCUCAGUAAAUUUCAUAGGAAAAAGUAUCUUCCCCCUCAGUGGCCAAGAACAGACCUCACCUGUGAAUAACCUUGGAGUAUGAUAGUUCUGAGGUGCAGGUGAGUGGAUAAAACAACUUCUAGGACCACAUACCGCCAUUCACUGCUAUAGAGUCUGAGAAUUCAGAAGCUCCAGGGGUCUACUUGAAAUUCAUGGCUACAUCCCUUCAUCAGGGUGAGAUGUAGGGAGUCUUAAAAGCACAAAGACAUAUCUUUCUCCCUGUAACAGAUCUUAGUGCUGUACCUGUUUCCUAUACUUCUAACAAACUUGAGAGACAUUCUCUAGGUAGAAAAUUAGUCAUUCCAGAAAUUACAAUCUGAGGAGUAUUGGGCAGGUGGAAGAACCUGUCCAGCCCACAAAUUGUAAAGUUAAGAGUGGCCAGCCAAGAACCCUAUUAUACAACAAAGAAAUGCUACUAAAAUGAAAAAACUGUUUUCAAAUAUUAAGAAAGUCCAAUAUAAUUUUAAUAGGAGCAAAAAACCACAGGAAUGAUAAAAGAUCACAUGUUCAGCUGAUACCACCUGCCUAAUACUCCCCAAAUUGUACCCUUUCAUAUUCAUCUUAUUUUGUUUGCACAUAUUUUUCAUUAUUGAACAAUGUUUUUCUUUCCCUUUUUCCUUUCUGACCUCUGUGCUUCGUACCUUUUUUUUUCCAUUCUACUAUACUCUUGUAGUACUAUGACUUUGCUUAUUGGUUUAUUUUUCAAACUCUUUAUUUACUGUGUAUGUAUGAGUGUACAUGAUGACUGUGGGUACACAUGUCACAAUUCAUGUGUGAAGGUCAGAGAACAACUUUAUAAAAAUGGCUGUCUCCUUUUACCUUUACAUUCCAGGGACUGACCUUGAGCUUCCAGGAAGAUGAAGACUCAUUUUUGCAAUUUUGUUCAUUGAUUUCUGGUUGAUUGGAUUGUUUGUUGUUUUCUUUCUCCCCUAUUAGUAUUUGGGGGUUGCUUGUUUGCUUAAGGAUCACCUGAUCAUUUCAAUAGAUGCAUAAAAUGCUUUUUAAAAAGUUCAAUAUCAAAAAAAAAACCUUCAAUAACUACUCAUGAUAAAAUUCCCUGAAGGAACUGGGAAUAGAGUGAACAUAAUUUGACAUGGUAAAGGCUUUAUACAAUAAGCCUAUAGCCACCAUGAUAUUAAUGUUGAAAACCAAAAGCACUUCUGCUAAAGUAAGGAAUAAAACAAGGGUGCUCACUCUUCACUGUUAUUCAAUAUAACAGUUAAAGUCUUAGCUAAAGCUGUAAGAUAAGAGAAUAAAAAGAAUACAAAUAGGAAAAAUGAAAUUAUUCAUAUUUGCAGAUAACAUGAUUCCAUUUUUCAAAAACCCUAAGUACAUCACUGCAAAACUCUUAGAACCAAUAAAUAUUUUCUGCAAAGUAGUAGGGCACAAAAUAUGCUGGAUUGUUUUAUGUCAGCUUGACAUGAGAUAGGAUCAUUUAGGAAGGAAUCCUCAAUCAAGAAAAUGCCCCUACCAGAUUGACCAGUGGGUAAGGCUGUGGGGCAUUUUCUUAAUUAAUGGUUGAUGUUGGUGGGCUCAUCCCACAGGAGAUAGUGCCACCCUUUGGAGGGUGGUCCUUGAUAGUAUAAGAAAGCAGGCUGAACAAACCAUGAGGAGCAAACCAGUAAGCAGUGUUCUGCCAUGGUUUCUGCCUCAGUUCCUGAAUCUAGGUUCCUGCCUUGAGUUCCUGUCCUGACAUCCCCCAGUGAUGGAGUAUGGCUUGGAAUUUGUAGAUGAAAUAAACCCUUACUUCCC